UGGUAGGGAAAGGCAUCGUCUUUCUAUUUGGAGCGGGUCGGUCCAUUGGUCCACCGAUCCAUUCCAUGUUUUGGGAUGUUCUAAUGCUUCGUGUUCUGUGUAUAUCUGUGUGAGAGAAGCCGAGUCUUGUUUACAGCGGUGAUUUUACGGAGCGCGGACCAUCAGGAGAGUCUGGUCGUCGCGAAGGAAUCCAAACGACGUCGUGGAAACCUACGAAUCAAACACGCUAUUUAUUCAAAGAUCAUCAUUUUAUAGUGCGAAAAAACAAAUUCACGCUUGGGAGUUGCUCACUCCUGCACCUCGGAAAAACAGUUUUUUUUCCCUUACCGCAAAACAGAGCGACUGUGAGAGUGCGUGAAGGCGGUAGGGGAGGGUGAGCCGGGGGUAGUUGCAGUUGGUGAAACCAUUUUUGUCCUGGCGGAUAUUUUGGAUCGAGCCCCGUCGUGAGGCUUUAUUGCGUGUUUCAUUCAUACAUAUAUGCGCUGUCCGAGUCGUCGCGGGCUUUGAAUCAGAAAAGCAAUUUCUGUGUGCAUCGAUAUAGUCUGAUUCAUCACAUUGGCACAGGGACAUUUGCAUACCGUGUUUUGUCGUAAGAGAAACCGCUAGUUUAGCUCGACGUACUGUGCGUCCCUCUCGGGUUUUCAAGAAAUGGAGGCUGAAGAUGCAGAUUAUCGCUUGAGUGAAAAUCGUGGUUCCGCUGGUUUAUUAGAUACGACUGCAUCAUUGCAUUGCUGGCAAGAAUAACAAAAUGUUUUGAUUUAUCUUGAAGGAAGCUCAAAUAAUUACUACCAGAUAUAGUUUAUCAAACGUUACUCUCUCCUUGCCUCCGUUAUCUUCACCAGUGGAACUAUCUUCUCUUCAAAAGCGGAUUCUUGUGGACUUUUUACUUGGUUUAAAGAAUCGGCGCAUUUUGCUGCAUUUUAUUGCGUCACGACCUUUAUAUUUUUGGGAAAUUUAAGUAAUACAUUAGUAAUGAGAUCUGGAACAGCGAGGGAUGUUUGGACCUUAUUUUGGGGUCCUCUGCUGUUUCUUCUCACCAUUUGCCCGUGGUCUGCUCAUGGAGAAGUCUGUGGUCCUCACAUUGACAUUCGCAAUGACAUCAGUGAGUUUAGGAAGCUGGACAACUGCACGGUGGUGGAGGGCUACCUGCAGAUCCUCCUCAUUGGAGACAAGAAUAACAACCUCAACCAGGAGCACUUUCGUACCCUGUCCUUCCCCAAGCUGACCAUGGUGACGGACUACCUUCUCCUGUUCCGUGUCUCCGGUCUGGACAGCCUCAGCGUGCUCUUCCCCAACCUCAAUGUCAUCCGAGGACGCAACCUUUUCUACAACUACGCCCUGGUCAUCUUCGAAAUGACUAGCUUGAAAGAUAUCGGCCUUUACAACCUGAGGAACAUCACCAGAGGGGCCAUCAGAAUCGAAAAGAACCCGGAGCUUUGCUACUUGGACUCGGUGGACUGGUCCCUCAUUAUGGAUGCUGAGUUUAACAACUACAUUAAUGGGAAUAAGCAGUCCAAGGAGUGUGGAGAUGUUUGUCCAGGUAUAAUGGAAGAUAGGCCGCAAUGUAUCAGGACCAGCUUUAAUGACAACUACAGCUCCCGCUGCUGGACAUCGAACCACUGCCAGAAGGUGUGUCCAGAGAAGUGUGAAAAGAGGGCGUGCACAGAUUUGGGUGAGUGCUGUCAUCCUCAAUGCCUGGGCAGCUGCACCAAACCAGACAACGAUAUGGCGUGUGCCGCCUGCCAGCAUUACUUUCACGAGGGCCGUUGUGUUGAGCACUGCCCACCAGGCACCUACAAGUUCGAAGGCUGGCGCUGCAUAACCAUGGACAUGUGUGCCCACGUUCACCUGCCCAGCGAGGUGGACUUCGUCAUCCACAACGGAGAGUGUAUGCCGGAUUGUCCACCCGGAUUCACCCGAAAUGAGACUCAAAGUAUGUUUUGCAAAGCAUGUGACGGACUGUGUGAUAAGGUCUGCGAAUCUAAAACAAUUGACUCGGUGGAUGCCGCUCAGUCUCUGCAGGGAUGUACGGUCAUCAGAGGCAACCUGCACAUCAACAUUCGGCGGGGCAAUAACAUUGCAUCAGAGCUGGAGAGUUUCAUGGGUUUGAUCCAGACGGUUACUGGAUAUGUCAGGAUCAAACACUCGCACACUCUGGGCUCGCUGUCCUUUCUCAAGAGUCUUCGAUACAUAAAUGGGGAAGAGCUCACUGAACAGAUGUAUGCGUUCUCUGCAGUGGACAACCAGAAUCUGCAGCAUCUGUGGGACUGGGGCCAGCACAAUCUGACCAUUAGAAAUGGAAGAUUAUUCUUCCGCUUCAAUCCCAAACUUUGCAUGUCUGAGAUCCAGACAAUGUGGGAGAAAACGGGUGUCAAGGAAAAGAUGGAAGAGGGUGAUGUUCGUGGCAAUGGAGAAAGAGCAAGUUGUGAGAGUUAUAUUCUACAGUUCACAUACAACCAGACUCAGAGUACUCGGAUAAAGCUCACUUGGGAGCGAUAUCGACCGCCAGACUACAGAGACCUCAUCAGCUUCAUAGUCUAUUUCAAGGAGGCACCCUUCCAGAACAUUACAGAAUUUGAUGGACAAGAUGGGUGUGGCUCUAACAGCUGGACCAUGGUGGACGUGGACCUCCCUCAGGACAAGUCACAAGAUCCAGGGGUACUUCUGUCACCUCUGAAGCCCUGGACUCAGUAUGCAAUCUUUGUGAAAGCUGUCAUCCUGGUUGUAGAGGACAAACACAUUCUGGGAGCUAAGAGUGAGGUGGCCUACAUCCGCACCAAUGCCUCUGCGCCAUCAAUGCCUCUGGAUGUCCGUGCGUAUGCCAACUCCUCUUCGUCCCUUGUGGUGAAAUGGUCUCCUCCUAUCUCUCCCAACGGAAACAAAACUUUCUAUCUGCUUCGCUGGCAGCAGCAGGCAGAGGAUCGUGAACUUUUCCAGCAUAACUAUUGCUCUAAAGAGCUAAAGAUUCCCAUCCGCAUCUCGGCCACGGCUUUGUCGGACAUCGAGGGAGACACCAAGCCAACCAAGUCGGACGCGGGCGGUGGUGAGAAGGGCCCGUGCUGCCCCUGCCCGAAAAACAAGGAGGACUUGGAGGCAGAGGCUGAAGACCGUUCAUACCGCAAAGUCUUUGAAAACUUCCUCCACAACUCCAUCUUCACACCACGACCUCCGGACCGAAAGCGCAGAGACCUCUUUGGGGUUGCCAAUGGUACGCUGCUACAAGGUGCGAGCAGGAACUUCACCGUCCUGGAGGGCAACAUCACAGACUCCGAGUUGCAUGACAAAGAGUACCCUUUCUCAGAGGGCACAGUCCACACUGAGAUCAUGGAGAUAUCCAACCUUCAGCCCUUCACUGUGUAUCGCAUCGACAUCCACGCCUGUAACCACAAGGUUCACCGUUGCAGCGCAGCGGCUUUCGUCUUCUCCAGAACCAAACCUGCAGACAAAGCGGAUGAUAUUCCCGGCAUCGUGACUCAGGAGAGGGAUGAGAAAACAGAGGGAUCUGUACUACUGCGGUGGCCCGAACCGCAUCAUCCCAACGGACUGAUCCUGAUGUACGAAAUCAAAUAUCGUCUGGGAACCGAGCCGGAAAAGCAUGAGUGUGUAUCACGGCAACAGUAUCGGGUGCUGAGAGGAGCUCAGCUGACCAAUCUCGCUUCUGGAAAUUAUUCGGCCCGGGUCAGAGCCACUUCACUGGCAGGAAAUGGGUCAUGGACUGAACCAGUGUCUUUUUGGGUGCCGCCCCCCAAAGGAAAUUAUGAUAACGCCUUCUAUCUGGCCAUCAUCAUCCCCAUUGUAGCACUAGUGUUGCUUCUAGCAGUGGUCACUGUGGCCAUCUUUGUGACCAAAAAGAGGAAUAGUGACAGGUUAGGAAACGGUGUCCUCUACGCUUCAGUUAACCCUGAAUACUUCAGUCCUUUUGAAAUGUAUGUACCGGAUGAAUGGGAAGUGGCUCGGGAGAAAAUCACCAUGUGUCGUGAGUUGGGCCAGGGCUCUUUUGGUAUGGUGUACGAGGGCAUCGCUAAGGGCGUCGUGAAAGAUGAACCUGACACCAGAGUGGCCAUCAAGACUGUAAAUGAAUCAGCAAGUAUGCGUGAACGCAUUGAAUUUUUGAACGAAGCCUCGGUCAUGAAGGAAUUCAACUGUCACCAUGUGGUGCGAUUGCUGGGUGUGGUUUCACAAGGUCAGCCCACUCUAGUGAUAAUGGAGCUGAUGACACGGGGUGACCUAAAGAGCUACUUGCGUUCUCUUCGUUCGAAUGAGCAGGGAUCCAGUAGUCAAGCUCUGCCCCCGCUGAAGAAGAUGAUACAGAUGGCUGGUGAGAUAGCGGAUGGGAUGGCAUACCUCAAUGCCAACAAGUUUGUCCAUCGAGACCUGGCUGCCAGGAACUGCAUGGUUGCUGAGGACUUUACAGUUAAAAUCGGAGACUUUGGCAUGACACGAGACAUCUACGAGACAGAUUACUAUAGAAAAGGGGGAAAAGGACUGCUGCCAGUUCGCUGGAUGUCCCCGGAGUCUUUGAAAGAUGGCGUGUUCACCACAAAUUCUGAUGUCUGGUCUUUCGGAGUGGUUUUAUGGGAAAUCGCCACUUUAGCCGAGCAGCCCUACCAAGGCAUGUCCAACGAGCAGGUACUUCGAUUCGUCAUGGAGGGAGGACUUCUGGAUAAACCGGACAACUGCCCUGACAUGCUGUUCGAACUGAUGCGGAUGUGCUGGCAGUACAAUCCUAAAAUGCGUCCAUCUUUCCUGGAGAUCAUCAGCAGCAUAAAGGAGGAGCUGGAGCCACCUUUCCGGGAGGUCAGCUUUUUCUACAGUGAGGAGAACAAGCCCCCCGACACUGAGGAACUGGACAUGGAGGUGGAGAAAAUGGAGAACGUUCCGCUGGAUCCUGCUUCCACAUUAGGCCCCUCUUCUCAGGGGAGCACAGGGGCUCAGACCCAAAGCCCACAACCUCUCCCCCCAGCUCAGGGGCCAGGCACACCGAUGGGGUCUGCCCCGACCCCGUCCACCUCAACCCCCUCCUCCUCCUCAGCCUCUCCUGGCCUGGCCUUAGAGAAGCACUCAGGACAGGUGGCAGCAAACGGGCCAGUGGUGCUGCUGGGACCGGCGUUCGAUGAGACUCAACCCUAUGCACACAUGAACGGGGGAAGGAAGAACGAGCGAGCGCUCCCACUGCCUCAGUCAUCGGCCUGCUGAUCCUUACUUGCUUACCCUUAAAAACUCCUCAUACAGGGUACCCACAUGUGUCUCUCCCCAUGCCUUUUAUGGUCUUACGCGUUUCCUUUUGUUUGAGGAGUCUGACCAGACCGUAUUCUUCCUGGAUUAUUUCGUUUUAAAAUGAUUUCAAAUGAGGAGGAUACACAAAAAAUACUCUCGCAAUAUAUUUAAGAUUUCAGUACAAACCACCACACUGGAGAGCACUGGCUUUCGCUUGUGUAAUAUUUCCUAAAGGGAGAAAACUUGCCAGUUAAUUGUGAAACAAGAGGCAAGCAUAUUAGCCAGCAAGCCCAUGUGUGUGUGUGUGUGUGUACUUACGAGUGUGUUUUUAUACAAAAAUACACAUUCCCCUUCUCGGCGCAGAACAUUUCUUCCUAUAAACGCUUGUGUCUUUGUGUCAUCACAUUUCUUUUUCAUAUUGGAGCAAAAGCCGAGAUUACGUGCUUUCUAUCAGUGGGCGAGAGCUUGGACGCAAUGGUUGUUGCGGCGCCUUCCUACUUAAUGCAUUUCAAGGGUGUCUGUAAAAAAGUCCGGUGGGCUUUUUUGAAACUGCCAAAUUUUUGCCAAAUCAAAUUUCCUUGUAAAAUAAAUCAAAGAGAAAGGUAUUUAUCAUUACAUAACCCAAUUCCCCCUGCACAGCCGAUUUUCUAGGUUGCACUUUGAAUUAGCGCUAAACUCUCACGCUGUCCUUUGAUGGGGGAUUUUUGGGCCUCAUCUUUUACAAUCAGCCUGAGUUUGUAAAUCCUUCCCUGUUUUAUAUGGCUCUGAUCUCCGACAAUUGCAUGGCAGUUCCUGCUGUGCACACCAUCUAUGAGCUGAGCCCCUGUCAGAGUGAUGUCUCAAGUCAAAAGGAAAGGGCGCGCGGCGCUGAUCGUGAAGGUGAAGAGAUCUGCGCACCGAAGAGAGUCAGAAAUAAAAUAUAUAUAUAAGGGAUUGGCUGAGUACUGAAGCUGCCUGAAUACAGUGGCUUUAUCUGUUUAAUGAGAGAAGUGAGGCAUUGUACACAGCAGGUAUUUUUUAGACUAGUCAUUAGUCUCUUUUUACUAUUCAUAUGAUUCUAAGAAGGGUCUUACAGUUGUAUGUUAGACCUCGAGAUCAUUUACACACAAAUCAUUGGUUCGAGUCACUUUUGAUAACUUUUUUACAGUUCUGGUGUUCACCUCUUUGUCUGUACAGAAAGAAGCUGCUAUUUUGUUUUUCUUUUGUGGGUGUUAUACAUAUAUAAAUCCUUCAGGUUUAAUAUUUUAUGAUAUCUCCACUACAGUCCAUUUUCUUAUGCUUUGUACUUAUCUUGCAAAAAAAGAAAAAGAAAAAAAAACAGCCUUUCAACAUUUUUUAUUUUGUUCUCCCUCCCUAGAAGUUUUUUUUUUUUUGCAUUGCCACAUGUUCAUUGCCUUUUUUUUACAUUUCUUUUUAUUAUUUUUUGUUAUUAGUUACAGACUCUUUAGCUUCGCAUGUGAACUUUAGGAACCCGUGGAACAGUCGUCUAUUAUUGCACCUCUCCAUAAGGUGCAACUCAAUCUCAGGUUAUUGUUUAAGUUUUCUUCUCCAAACAUUCUCAUCAGAGCUUGUACAUUUUUAUUACAAUUCAUCCUUAGUGCUAAACAGUUUAUCCAGACCUGCUGCAUACAUGAAAGGUUUUAUUUUACUGUACCCCGUGUGAACCCAUUCAUCCGACUGAAUUUCAACUAUAACAGGGCUAAUUCGGUUGUCUUAAUUUAUUUUCGGUACCCCAACCAACCUAUGCGACCUCCAAACGUGGUGCAUUCAACCCACCUCAGUCUAAACGCAUGCACUGAGUGCUAACCUUCCUGAUGAUACAUGGCAAAUGUAACCAAAAAAGAUGGGUUAAUGUCCAGAAAAGUUCUGUUUUGAUUACUUCCAAAGUAUGCUAAAGAAAAAAAAGUAGGUUUCCUUGGCUAGUAUUGUUGUGUUUUGAAGGAUUUCUCCGUGUCCAUUUUGGAAUUUUUCCUGUCUUAUAAGGUUAUUUAUUUUUUGUGAUACAAGUUGAAAUCACUGUACAAAUGCCCUGAUGAUUUAGUAUAAAGAUUUUUAGAUGCAUUUUCCAUGAUGUCAUGACUGGGGGAAUUUCUUUUUUUUUUUCAUUACCUUCAGCAUCUAUCUACCUCAUUCUCUUUUAUUUGAAAUGUGUAAGUAUAUGAAAUGAUAAAAUACAUCUCGCUUCCUUUCUCACAAGUUUGUCUAGAGAUGCCUCAUUAUCCCCUGUUGUAUCUCUGAUUUUAAAUAUCUAUAAACACACCACAGAGCGCAUGCUCCCGGGAAUGAAGAGAGAAGAUCAUGGUUUGGGUUAAUGUGCCUAUGGGCUUCCUAUCUUUCAAUUGUUGAUAGAAUCUUAACUGUCCAGAAUAACUUGGAAGAGCAUAUCUUAAGCAUUAUCAAAUCCUGUCACUUUGUUCAAGCCAAAAUAAUAAUCAGAUUGUGAAGCUAUGAUCAUUUAGUUUUAAAGGUAUUAAUGUUGGUUAUAAAAACACUCCAAGUUUUUUGAAAAUAUGCUAAUUUUUCAGCUUCCCUAAAGUAAAACAUUUGAUUCUUACCGUUUUGGAAUCCAUUCAGCUGAUCUCCGGGUCGGCGCUACCACUUUUAGCAUAGCUUAGCAUAAUCUAUUGAAUCUGAUUAGACCAUUUAGCAUCACGCUCAAAAAUAAUUCUUACAGCCGAAAAUAGUCCCUUUAAUAUCUUGCAAUAGCAGGGGACUAAUUUCGGGCAGUGCGUAAUAUCACUACGCCUUCUGCAGCCAUGUUACAGCAGCAAAGUCUUUGAUUAUUACGCCAGAAUGAGAGUAUAGUUCCUAUCCAUAUCUGCUUGGAAAAUAGCAACUUUUAAUUUUCCAUCUGCCUUAGUACACAAUGUAAGUACAGAAGAGUCAAGUUUUAAAAAGGGAAAAUAUCUAUAUUUUUGAGUGCGAUGCUAAUGGUCUAA